GGCGGCUGUUAGCAAGAGAGAUGCUUGUUUUGUGUUCUGUGGACUGACUUAACACAAACCCGAACUUCGGCGAGGCGCUUUUUCGACGCGUUCUCGACCAUGUCUUCGGCAGCCAUGCAACCGCACAGCCGGAAGAAAGUUUGCUACUAUUACGACAGUGACAUCGGAAAUUACUACUAUGGGCAAGGCCACCCCAUGAAGCCGCACCGCAUACGCAUGACGCACAACCUUCUCUUGAACUACGGCCUCUACCGCAAGAUGGAAAUUUACCGUCCUCACAAAGCAACUGCCGACGAGAUGACCAAGUUCCACAGCGAUGACUACAUCCGGUUCCUCAGGAGUAUCCGCCCUGAUAAUAUGGCAGAAUACAACAAGCAGAUGCAGAGAUUCAACGUUGGAGAAGAUUGCCCUGUGUUUGACGGUCUGUACGAGUUCUGCCAGCUGUCCGCAGGCGGCUCUGUGGCUGCUGCUGUCAAGCUGAACAAGCAGUCGUCCGACAUCUGCAUCAACUGGGGUGGUGGACUUCAUCACGCAAAGAAGUCUGAGGCCUCCGGUUUCUGCUAUGUCAACGACAUCGUGCUCGGCAUCCUUGAACUGCUCAAGUAUCAUCAGAGGGUCUUGUACAUUGACAUCGACGUCCACCACGGUGAUGGCGUUGAAGAGGCGUUUUACACUACUGACCGGGUGAUGACCGUGUCGUUCCACAAGUACGGAGAGUACUUCCCUGGAACUGGAGAUCUCAGGGAUAUUGGUGCUGGCAAAGGCAAGUACUAUGCUGUGAACAUUCCCCUGCGCGACGGCAUUGACGACGCGAGCUACGAGAGCAUUUUCGUGCCAAUCAUGUCCAAGGUGAUGGAGACCUUCCAGCCUGGAGCAAUCGUGCUACAAUGCGGCGCCGACUCACUCACAGGAGACAGACUCGGCUGUUUCAAUCUGACCGUGCGAGGCCACGGAAAGUGCGUGGAGUUCAUGAAAAAGUACAACCUGCCGCUGCUGAUCGUGGGUGGCGGUGGCUACACCAUUAGGAACGUUUCCCGUUGCUGGACCUAUGAGACUUCGGUUGCAUUGGGCGUGGAAAUCGCCAACGAGCUGCCGUACAACGACUAUUUUGAAUAUUUUGGACCAGACUUUAAACUUCAUAUCAGCCCAUCAAACAUGGCCAACCAAAACACAACUGAAUACCUGGAAAAGAUCAAAACUCGCCUAUUUGAGAAUCUCAGAAUGCUUCCUCAUGCUCCUGGCGUUCAAAUGCAAGCCAUUCCAGAAGAUGCGCUGAAAGUAGAUUCUGGGGAAGAUGAUGACAAAGCCAAUCCAGAUGAACGUCUCCCUCAGAGCAUUACUGAUAAGAGAAUCAAUCCAGACAAUGAAUUUUCUGACAGUGACGACGAAGCUGAUCGUAAGGACCAAAAAGCAUCAUACAAGGGACGCAAACGACCGCGUUUGGACAAGUCGCACAAACAUGAUAACGACGAGAAAAAAGAUGAAGAUGAUAAAAAGACGAAAAAUGAUGAGAAAGAAUCGAAGAAAGAUGGUGAGAAAACCAGCGCAGCUUAAUGUCCUGAUCUCAAAAUUCCAUAAUAUAAUGGAGAACUCUAAUUUGUCCGAUUAGAAAUCACUUGCUGUUGCUUGCAUUUCUUUUUUAACUUGGAUAAAAAAUGCUAUUGUACUCUUUGAAUCUGAUGUGAUUUGGUUAACUGAGCAAAGUCAUAUUUUUGCCCUCUGAAAAAUAAUAGUAGGGGAUAAAGUGUGAUAGCUGUAAAUUGACUUUAAGUUUUAUUUCAGCAUAGUUUUUUUUGCAGAAGGUCAUAUUUAAUGGCUCUAAUGUAAACUAAAUAAGAUCUUAAUUUAAAUUUGCUCCAAAAGAGUUAAGUUCAAACCAAUUUUGGCUUAAAAUUAUCAAAAUAAAUCUUCGUGUCGGACAAAUUACAGGAAUCCAAACAAGGUUUAGAUUGAGCACAGUAAUUUCUUGGCCAGAACAUUUUAAGUCGAUUUUGGUUAUGUUUUCGUCAGCAAAAGAAGGCUGUUUUGAUUGUGAGUGUAAGAUUUAGAUUUCAUAGUUCGCCAAAAGUCUGCGUAUUUAUUUCCUCAAAAUAAAUCUUUUUGUACAAUGAGA